AUGCCGAAACUCGACGUCAGCGAGCUCAACACGGUCUUAGGAGUGUUCGGCGCCUUCAUCCUCCUAUACGGCAUCAUCUCGGUCAAGAUCAAGGCCCACUGGUUCUUGGGCGAAGCGCUUCCCGCCGUCGCCAUCGGAGUUCUCCUCGGCCCCAUCGCCGCCAACUUCAUCGACAGCGCGAGAUGGGGCUCCGCGGCUGACGGCCAAACGAGCGCCAUCACGCUCGGCAUGGCCCGCGUCGUCAUCGGCGUCCAGCUGGUCAUUGCCGGCUUCCAGUUGCCCAAGAAGUACCAGCAGCUGCGCUGGAAGGAGAUGGCCAUCUGCCUGCUGCCCAUCAUGACCAUCAUGUGGCUAUGCACGACGCUCUGCCUCAUGGCCACCAUCCCCAACAUCUCGCUGCUCGCCGCCCUGGUCAUCGGCUCCUGCGUCACCUGCACAGACCCGAUCCUCUCGCAGGCCAUCGCCAAGGGGCCGUUUGCCGACAAGUUUGUGGCCCGAGACCUGCGUGAGAUCAUCUCGUCCGAGGCCGGCGCCAACGAUGGCUUCGGCUUCCCGUUCCUUAUGCUCGCCACAUAUCUGAUCCGCCAUGCCGACAUACCUGGCGCCGGGAAGGAGGCCCAUGCCGAUAGGGCUGUGGGACUGCUGGCCCGCGCCAGCGAGGGCGUUGGUCGGCUUGGAGGCGGUGUCGGUGUCGCCAUGAGGGAGUGGUUUGUCGAGACGUGGUUGUACAUCGUCCUCAUGUCUGUUGCCAUUGGCGCGCUUGUUGGCUUCGCGUCCGGAUGGGCGCUGAAGUUUGCCCUUCGCAAGAAGUGGGUGGACUCAGAGAGCUACUUGCUGUAUCCUACCGCCAUCGGUCUCUGGCUUGUGGGCAUUUGCGGCAUGCUCGGCACCGACGACCUCCUCGCCUGCUUCGUAGCCGGCAAUGCCAUGAACUGGGACGGCGAGUACCUCCGCGAGACUGAGGAUCGCCAUGACGAGGUCAACUCGUGCAUGGACGUGCUCCUGAACUUUGGUGGCUUCAUGUACAUCGGCAGCAUCAUCCCCUGGAGCGAGUUCCACCAGCCAGACAUCACAGGCAUCACCUACGGCCGCCUCAUCGGACUCGGCGUCCUGGUCCUCAUCUUCCGCCGUAUCCCUGCCAUCUUCAUGACGUACAAGCUCAUGCCCAAGGUGUGCAAGGACUGGAAGGAGGCCCUGUUCAUGGGAUACUUCGGCCCCAUUGGCAUCGGCGCCGUGUUCUACGUCGAGCACUCGCGCCAUCUCUUUCCCGAGCUCGGCCAGGGCGACGCGGAAGAGACGGCCCUCGUGCGCGCCAUGAUCCCCGUCGUCUACUGGCUCGUUCUGUUCUCGAUUGUCGUGCAUGGCCUUUCCAUCCCGGCGCUCAACGCUGUCUACAGGUUCUAUGGGGUUAAGCCCAUCACUGAGGACGCCACGGAGCUCCGCCGCAUGUCGAUGCGCGUGCCGACCCCGGUGAAUGCCACCGUGGGUGAUAGCCAGACCUUUAUCGCCUAUAACCGCUUCUCGCGGCCCGUGUUCAGCGAUUUGCCGCCUGUCGGAGGAAACGGCUACCCCAUUGACGAAAAGACGCGGAUCGAGAGGAGGUAUUCUCGAAUGGUGUAA